AUGGCCCCUUUCGUGCCUUUCGUUACCUUUGCUUUCGAUUCAGACACGCGAGUGACUCUCCCUGAGUCCCUGCUCGCAAGUCCGCUAGCUGGAGGGAUCACUUUUGGUUCCUUCACUGACUCGGCAUUCGUCACUCUUGGCGGGCCGACCCCAGCGGAGGCUACUGUUGCUCCGGCCCCUCAGUGCUGGCAGCCUGCUACAGUUCCCCCCGUUCUUCCUGCGAUUAGGCAUCCAGUGCCUACCGCUACUGUUGCACGGGUUGCUCCGGCCCCUCAGUGCCGGCAGCCUGUUGUUGUUGUUAAUCCCGCGGUCCCAACGGAGGUACCUCGCGUUAGGGUUCCCCCUCCCACUUCCACUAGGAAGAGGGGUGCUCAGACCGAGGCGCCUUCACCCUCUUCUAGCCGGACCCCGGCACUUCCAAUUGUCCCUAUUCCCCUUGCCACCCAGGUAGUGGGUUCAGAUGUUCCUUCCUCUUCCACCUCCGGCCUUGGGAGAAGGGCCUAG